AUGUCUGAUCCACAGAGGCACCUCGUGCACAGCCAUGCCAAGGAAGGCGACAUUCCCGGCACCGUCGACCUCCGGGCCGCCGAGGGCGACGACACCGCCUACGGCCAGGCUCUGUAUCCCGUGCCCGCCGAAGACCCCAACGACCCGCUGCAGUGGACCAACCUCAAAAAGUCGCUCAUCCUGGCCGUCUGCGCCAUCUACUCGUUUCUGGGCAACUCCGCCCUGCUCGGCCCCUCUGUCUACAUUGGCAUCUACGCCAAAGAGUUUGACAUACCGCCCGGCAUCGCCUCCAACAUCAUCAGCUACGCCAACCUGGCCUUUGGCUUCGGCUCCCUGAUUCUCGUGCCCCUCUACCACAAGAUUGGCCGCCGCCCCGUCAUGCUCGGCUCCAUGGUCGUCUACUGCGCCGGCCUCAUUGCCUGCUCGCAGUGCACAACCUACGGCUCGCUCAUGGCCUGCCGCGUGCUGCACGGCUUCGGCUCCGGCGUCUGCGAGGCGCUGCCCGUGCAGCUGGUCAAUGACAUUUUCUUCUUGCACGAGCGCGGCAAGCGUCUCGGCUACUAUACCGUGUGCCUGUGCCUCGGCUCGACGGGGCCCAUGUUUGCCGGCUUUAUGCUGGCCGGCGGCUACUCGUGGCCGCUGUUUUUCUACGUCGAGUUUGCCUUUGCCGUGGCCCUGCUCAUUGUCGCCUUUUUUGUCGUCGAGGAGACGACCUACCACCGCGUGCCGCCCGCCGUGUCGCCGACGGCCACGUCGACGAAUGUCGCCGUCGACGGCGGCGAGAAGGCGACCGUGCAGCACGACGACAACAGCAGCACGGCGGGGGGCGCGGCGGGCCGGUCCGUGCCGCGCCGCAAGUCACGCCUCGAGCAGCUCAAGUUCUGGGGCGUCUGGGAGCGCGACUCGCCCUUUUUCACCAUGAUGGUCCGCAGCUUUACCUACUUUUUGGUCCCGCCCGUCUUCUGGGUCGUGUCGACGUACGGCAUCUACAUUGGCCUCGGCGCCCUGACCUUCAACUACAUCUUCCCCCUCAAGAUCGUGGCGCCCCCCUACAACUGGUCCGAGACCAGCUCCGGCCUCAUCGCGCUGGCAUCGCUCAUCGGCUUUGUGCUGGCCGUGCCCUUUACGGCCUCCUCCGACCUUCUCGCCGCGCGGCUGACGCGCCGCAACGGCGGCAUCCGCGAGUCGGAGAUGCGCCUGGGCGCCAUGCUGCCGUCGAUGCUGCUGGCCCCCACCGGCCUCAUCAUCUUUGGCUUUGCGGCCGCGCGCGACCUGCACUGGAUCGCCUACUUUUUCGGCGUCGGCAUCACGCAGUUCUCCGCCUACUUUUACUUUACCUUUGCGCUCGCCUACGCCAUUGACAGCUACACGUCCAACAUUAGCGAGAUGCUGAUUGCCAUGAAUCUGGGCAAGCAGGCCAUUAGUUUCGGCAUGGGCUUUGGGCUGCUGGACUGGAUCACGGAGCAUGGGUACCUGACGAUGAUUGCCGGCGCAUUCACCGGCGUGCUGCUGGCCAACAAUCUGUCCCUCAUCAUCUUCAUGGUGUUCGGCAAGCGCAUCCGGACGUUCAUGGCGGGCACUUGGCUGGCGCGGAUGCACCGCAGCACCGUGCGGGAGAUUGCUACUCAUUGA